AUGCGUUACUCAACCCACGUUGUGACCGCUCUGGCCUUCGCUGCCGGCACUGUCCACGCAGCCCAGUCCGCUAGUGACGACGGCAAAGUGACAACAGUGACCGCCCAAAGUACCGUCGAAGCCACCGCUGUCGUCACCGCGGAGCCCAGCAGUGCUGCAACUGAAUCCGCCGUUCAGCACCCCCCUCCCAUUGCCGCAUCCAGUGCCCCAGCUUCUGCCUCCUCCGAGACAAGCGUCCCAGUCAUCAAGUCCAGCGCUACUGAGUCUCAGCCCGCUGUCACUGAAUCCAGCGCUCCAGUAGCCACCAACACCGAGCCCGCCGCUGUUGGAUCCAGCGCCCCGGCUACCCAGGCGAUUGGCACCGCUGCUCAAACGAGCGUCCCGCUCAUCAAGACCUCCGGAGGGGAGACACAGGCCGCUCAAACGAGCGCUCCAGCUGCUGCCAGCGUCCCACCAGUACCGAUCGAAUCGAACCCCGCUGUGACCAGUGCUCCUCCUGCCAGCAUCCCCCCGGCCGCUAGCGGCAACGCCAGCACCACUUCAUCGCAGCGGUUCUCCAACUCGACUACCUCUUCAGGGUCCUUCUCUACCGGCACCUCUGGAGGCGGUGGCGGUGGCGGCGGCGCUGCUACUGUUCCUGCUGCACCCACCUCCACGGGAUUCAUCUCGUCCAGCUCCGGUGCCAAGAUGGUCCUUCCCGGCCUUGCUCUUGUCGGAAGCAUCGCCAUGGGCUUGCUUGUCUUGGCUUAG